CAUUGACAUUGAACUGUAAAAAGCAACUAAGCGAACACAAUUUUUAAGAAGUCGGCUUUUAAACAUUUUCGCAGGAAUGGCGUCUGUAGGCGAUGGUAAAAUAAGCUUGCGAAAAUUAGAAUAUCCAAUGUGUGCAGUUGAGGCACUUUCCCGUUUAGAGGGCCUCAUUGCUAGCCGAAAUAAACAGAACUUGGCAAUGCAAAUAAUUUCCGAGUUCAUUUUUCUGGAGCGCACCAAGGAUGGAGACGUGCGCAAAAUGCAAACGCUCGGCAUAAGUCAGAUGAAUAUUUAUCAGGAGUUUCAAUUGAUUCUAGCGCUCAUCGAAUACUUCUCGCGGCCAGGCCGGGAUGCGACACGCAAUGCGAUAUUCCUCUCGCUAUUUGGCAGCCACUUGACGCCACAGCGAUCUAGGCUGUUAUCCAGACUAAUCAGUACUGCGGUUUCGGGCUCGGUGGCUCCACUGCUCUCCUCGGCAGGCACAUGGAUGCAACAAGUUGGCUGCAAAACGUCGCCAAGCCUAGAAGUUGCACAGAAUAUUGUCAGCGAUUUUAUCUCGUUCUCGCGCAAAACUCCCGAACAGUUACGACAUCUGCCCAUGGUGGGUCCGCAUUUCGCAGCUAACUUUAUGGUUGCUGUUGCCGAUCUGUAUCUUAAUGAGAAGCGCGGUGGUGUUUUGACACCCCCGCCGGAUGCCCUACUCGAUGCAAUAACAGAAUGGACCACGGAGAAUCCGUUGCUCUGCCAGGCACCGCAGCAGCCACUUGUUUUACCUGCUGGCGCUAUUGCCAUGCCGUUUGCUACUCCGCUGGCCGGCUUGUUGCGUUGGGUAGUGCUUGCCCCGUUGGUAUCCAACCGGCAAGCUUACAGUAACUUGCAUUUAUCAUUACUGCACACGCUACUUAAAACGGCCAACAAUGGCGAAUCAACCAUAUCCUUGCACUCCCAAGAGCUUAUUCAAAUUGUCACAUCAUUGCAAAAGUACUGUGCCCGUCUGACUGAGGCAAAGGUUGUUCCCGAAGAGGACGCAGCAUAUAUAAAAUCCAUGGAACGCUUCGCUCAAGCUGUGCAGAUAGCAUUGGCCUCCAACUGCAUCACAAACCACAUUCAGCUGCUCUGCGUGCUGGAGACGCUGCCGCCACACGCACUCAUGAAAAUUGUGUUGGCAGCGCAUAAAAAGCUCUAAUCAAAUAUUGGAAGCCAUAGGUUAGUUUUUUAUUCCAUAAGUUGUACAUAAAAUUAAUUUGAAGCCUAA